GGCCAAUGUAAGUAGUACAUCAAGACUUAAAAGAAAUCAAUCAGUAGCGUCAGUGAUAAAUAAAUAAAUAAAUAAAUCUUCCUCUUUUAGGUUCAAGUCAUGGCAUUAACGAUUGGAUGGUGGAUUUAUUAUAUUCUGACUGUGUUUUGUGCCAUCAAUAAUUUCAUCUUUUUAUCGUUACUAUGUAUGAACAAACAGACAUUCAUCACAGAUUGUCAUACGGAUCCAUUUUUAUGUACGGAUGAUUCAUGUCAUGGCACAAUUACUGAUCGUAAUGAUGAUGAUGGUAGACAUUCUAAUGCGAUGGACAGUUCUGCCAUAAUUCCCUGUUUCCAUAUGUGGCAAGAGACGGUUGGUUGGGUUGUUAUGGAUACCAUGAUGAAUUUAAUUGUCAAUGUAAGACUUUCUUUUUUUUUAUUAUUAUUAUUUAUACAUUUAUAAAAAAAAAUGUGGACUUAUUUUAUUUU